CACUGUUUUGCUGUGAACACCAACAGCCCACACUGUUGAUGUUCUACUUAAUGUCAGGUCAGUUGAUGGAGGGAAGCGUUGCAGCAGAAGCUGCUGUUUAUCUGUUCAGUCCUCCUCAUCUGACUUCACCCUCAACCCUGCCUGAACACAAACACACACACACACACACACACACACACACACACACACACACACACACACACACACACACACACACUGUUCUUUCUCCCAUUAGCCUCUGUCUCCUGUCUGCCUGCAGCAUGAGAUACAGUUCAACGCAGCACUGACAUCUCACUCAGGCACACGCCGUUUUGCACUACAUGUCUGUGUUUUUUUUGGCAGCAAAUGUAACCAAAGAGGGAAUUUAUUCAACCAUAUCGCACUCCGCUAAACAGAACUACGCAAACACAAGCAGAUCGCCGCUUUAAUCCUUUGUCUCUGUCAUUCUUGCUCUUCGUUCUUUGAAAGUUCUCGCCAUAUUUUUCUCAUUUCUGCUCUAUUCUCUUUGAAUUUCUUCCUCUUCAUCUGUAUGUCUGAUGUGGGAUUCCCAACCUCUCCUGAUGUGUGGCGUUGUCGGGUCUGUCCUGUCACUCCCUUGCUCCUUCCUGUUCCUUCUUUCCCCGCCCUCCUGUUUCUCCUCAUCAGCAUGGACGUUCAGAAUUUUCAUGGGAGGGAAUCAAUGUAAGUGUUGUCCUUCGCCCCCAUCACUCCUAUCCGUUUUCUUCUUUUGCCUGUUGUGAUUUAAAUCACCCCUUACCAAUCAGCUCUGUCAUGAUCUCCCCCACCUGCAAAGCCUUACAAUUGGUCUGGAGGUUUAUUGUGCCAGUGCACUGGUGUGAGCACAGUUACUAGGAGUAAAUAUUUUGGGUAACACAGCUUUUUUUUCUUUUCUUUUGUAUUAACUCGCCAUCUUCAUCACCUCUCCACUCACCCUUUUCUUUAACACACAUUGUGUGGGUGUCCUGUCGCACCAUCCAUGCUGUCCUGCCCUCCCCCUCCUCCAUCCCUCUGCCUUUUCUCCCCCUGCAGCUAUCCAUGGAGGACACCACCUCCAUCCUGCCUCGGCUCAAGCGGAACUCAAACGCCUACGGCAUCGGGGCUUUGGCUAAGUCUUCUCUGUCAGGUGUGUCAGGGGUCUCUCGCACGAUGAAGGAGAGGGUGACCAAGCCCACAGCCAUGGCUCAGGGUCGUGUUGCUCACAUGAUCGAAUGGCAAAACUGGAGUAUGACAACUGUUGGUCCAGGGGGUGUGGCUCAGGCCCGGAUCACCAACCAGGAGCGAGAGAAGGAGCGGCGGUUAGAAAACGAUGCCUACAGCGACCUGAGCGACGGGGAGAAGGAGGCUCGAUUCGCUGCAGGAGUUCUGCAGCAAUUUGCAAUCUCUGAGGCAACACUUUUGGCGUGGUCAUCCAUAGACGGGGACAGUCCAAGGUCAGGAUCGAAUCAGGGCAGCGUGGCUCACCUGAGUGAAGUCAACCAGGAGAGCAUCACGAGUCGAGAUCAGAUACUGCACCACUCUUCAGCGGAGGUGUGGCCCCAUUCCUACGUCUCCCAGGGCCACUACUGCAUUUCCUCUUCCGAUGCCUGGGAACCUAUCAAAAACGACACCUCCGGCGUGGCGUCUCCCCCUGCUGGCUCUUACCUGAUGGGCAACGACGGCUAUGACGCGCAGGCGGCAGCUCACUUCCUGUCUCAGCAGCAGCAGCAGCAACAGUUCAGCCUCCAACAGCAGAGCCAACUACAACAGCUGCAGCAGAUCCAACAGAUCCAUCACUACCAGCAGCAGCAGCUCCUGCAGUAUCAGCAACAACAGGCGUUGGAGCAAAGGCUGCACAGUGCCAACCACUCUUUGCAAGCAACGCCCAACAGCACCAUCCACAGCCUGGUUCAUUCUGUUCACCCUCCACUGGUGGAUCUGUGGAACACGGGGCAGAUGGAGGCCUAUCAGGUGGAGGCUGGAGGUUACCAGGGAGUGGCGGCAAUGGUGGAGCCCAGCCUGUGUGUUCCCUCUGGGGACGAGAUGGUGGGAAAUGAGCACUCUCCACUGCUGGAGCAGCAGGAGGAGGAGCCAGUCAAGGACGAAGAGGUGACUUUGUAUGUUGACCCAGACUCCUCCACGCUGACUCCACCCACGCAACAAGGGGAUGCCUCCGGUGGCAGCAGCCCGGGUCAAGCGCCGGCAGAGCCCAUCACACAGAGGAAGGCCUCUGAUGUCUCCACUGGCUUCAUUCAGACUCUUGAGGAAAAGGAGGAAGAGGAGGAGGAGCAGCAGGGGCCAAUUGGCUCUAUGACAGCUAAUUGAGUUCUUGACCAUAAAGAAACUUUCUUAAUAUAAACCGACCAAGGCGUCGUCCACAGACGACGGAACUGCAACAACAUAUAUCUAUUUAUCCCAUCUCUUUUCAGGAAACCAUUCAGUUGCGACACAAAACUUCUCCAAAUGGCGAGCUAAAGAUGCGAAGGAACCUGAGCUCAUGCAACAAAGGACAUGUGUUUCUUUGUAAGCCUUACACUCUAAAGAACUGAAAAGAGGAGCAAGAGAAAGAGCAACACUAAAAAAAAAACUUCACAGAGAUAAAGAGGAAUGGACUGGAAACAUGCAUGCUUUUUUUUCUCCUUUUUUAAACACAAACGUGAUCCUGUCAUUGUCUUAAACGAUAAUGAAAAUCUACUUCAAAGUAAUAAUAACUGCAAAUUUUGUAAAAACAAACAAACAAACAAACAAAAAAAAAGAAUCUAAGUGUAAGUGUGUGAUAAGACCUAUCAGUUUUCCCAUGGGAGAGCUGCUCUGUUUACAGCUGUUUCUCAACACGUUAGUAUGUAAUCCAAUUGAUUUCCUCGUGACACCAAACCUGUACAGUUUAAAAACAGCCCGAGAAAUUUCCCUGACGAUGGAAACGAUCUCAGCAAACCUCAGCAUUUCAGUGAAAUGCACUUUGACUCCUCUAAAAUCAAUUAUUUCAUGUUGUGGCACCAGGUUGCCCACGGCACAACCCAACCGCACACACUGAACACUGCACAGAUAAGGAUUGUACUGUACAAUAGCGUGCUUCCUGCUCUGUCUCUCUGUAUGCAUGUCUACUAUGGAGCACCUGUACUAUACUGCACUGUAUAGACUUUGCACUGAACCAUAGUAUCCCAGGUGAGGUCGCAGCGGGCUGGGGCGGCGAGUUUCACGGAGAAGAAGCAAACAGAACUCCAUCUUUUUUUGCACUGAUGCAAUCCAACAGAUCUAAGGUUGCCUUUGGACAUUUGACAUUACCCAGCUCCUUCUCUGAAAGCUUUCAUCACCACUGACAACCAAAACCCCAGUCGCUCACCAGGAACAGCUGUUUCCCUCCACGGGCGCGGGCUGCGGCCACGUAGACAGUGAUAACCACUGAAAAUGAAUGUACCGGAGAGGUCCAAGCACUCUGAGAGGUCCAAAAUGGAUUCACUGCUGGCUCACCUAAACCACGACACACAAACACACACGCACGUACACACAGGAAUAUCUAAAUUGUAACCAGCAAUAUGCAGGAGAAACACUGGCUCCUCAGAGGACCCGUGUCAGUUCUGUCAUAGAUGUAAAUAAAGUACAUAGAAAUUGCCUAUCACUCUCAGUCACAGCUGUUCUAUUGCAGUAUGAUUUCUUUAUUUUUCUACGCCUCUUGAUCCCAAUUUAUGUUGGGAUUGCGCUCGAGCUUGCAGUUUGUUUGUUUGUUUUUUCUUGCACACCGCCACACAAAGGACAAGUUAAGUGGAGGUUUGUUUGUGUCAGAAGCAGUGAUUCCUCCAUCUGGAGGGCUUUUUAACCCAGUGACUCCAAUAGUGGAGAAGCAAAAAAAUUAAAAAAACCUAGUACAACAGCAACAAGUUGAGGCUCCAAGGGCGGAAGCUGCCGCUCAAUCAGCCAAUCAGGGAAAAGACACUGAAGACGGGGACUGAACGACAGGAUGGAUAGAGAUACUGUGGAUCUGUGUCUUCCUGCUUAUGGUUAUUACUGUGAAGCAGCUGCCUGGAGUGUGAAAGCGAUCCCAAUGAUGCUUGAGAUGCAUGUUUUCAUCUGUUUUUUUGUUUUUUUCCUCUUUUCACCUGAGGAAGAGUGCGUUUCCCAGCGAGCUCGCCAGGUGGACUUCCUGUGCCCGGCUCACAGGCCAGCCGUGCAAAAGAUACACGAGCACCAAUGUGUCUGUCCUCUGGUGGGGAGCACCUUCUUCUCACUCUGAUGAUUGUGUGAGGAACUUUGAUGACAAACGAUACCGUUCAUGAUUUACUUGAAUGAAUUUGUUUAUCGAUUGCUUCUUUAUGCAAUGUUAAUGCAAUGUUUAUUUUUCUACUGACUCUGUGAAUUCCCUUCCGGUAUGAGUUGGAAACGGUGUCCCCGGUCGUAAAGCGGUCUUCUUCUGGUUUUGAGGAGAGAAAAAAAAGGAAUUUUGGCAGCUCUCUAUUUAUUAAUGGAUUUAUUUUCCCCUUUGCAACGACCCUGUUAGGAGGUAUGAGGAAAUGGUUCAAAACCUCAAAAAGACUGACUUUAGCCUUGGGUGCACAUUUAUUUAUUGAACAAUUACUCGAAGGGGAUGGAUUAUGUGACAACUUGUGUUCUAGUCUAAAAUUUCACGUAACCUUUCUGGGAGAGGGAUUUAUUAGUUUUUUUUUCUCUCCAAUGAAUUAAAUGUGAAGUUAAUUUGCUAAAAUGAUGUAUUUAAUAUCAAAGGGGAACAGAAAACGUACACUGCUUCAGUUUUUUAAUGCUUUUAUUUGUUUAUUUCAGUGAAUGAAUAAACAAGUAACAUGAAGCCAAAUAUAUUUCUGUGGAUGUUAAAGGUUUACCGACCAUGUGACCGAUCCCUCUUUCUCUUUGUAAUUUCACUGCCACCUUCUUUUCUGUAACUGGUCUCAAAAUUCUUCUUCUUCCUCUUCCUCUCUCCGUGUUCUGUGUUCCUGUGUCCGUCCGUCCGUCUAUGUGUUACAGUGAGUCGUCUGCUGUUUUUGGAACAAUCACUGCCUAAAAUAGA